AAUUGCCUUGAGAGAACCGAGCGAGCUCUGUCUUCGACUUCCAUGGCGCUCGAGUUCCGUUGCGGGCAGACAUAAAACGUCGAGACACCUUUCUUGCACUGCGGCAGAAACUGUACUGUUUCUCUCGUUCUCAAGAAAGGUUUUACAGAAUAAAAUUGAUUUAUGGUUAUCAUUAUUUUUGCUGUCUACGGUCAGAGAAUAUGGCCGAUCCAAUGGGUUCUCGCGUGAAAUCACACCUGCGAAAGCUCAAUUUCACCCGGUCUACAUUGAAUUCAAUUAAUUUUGAUUGGGGCGGCAGUCUCAAGGUUUGGAACUGUUUAUGCUGUUUCAGUGCACGAAGCUGCCCUACAUUUUCCAGUCCCCUGCUUUGUUUUGGUGCUAAAGUGUGGGGGUUUAGUUCUAAGCCUUUGACUAGGGUUUCAUAUACCAAAACAAAUUUUAAUACAAAAUUAUUUUUUCAUGGACUGUUUUUAUGCACCUAUUUUGUUAAUGAUUUCUGUCAACCAAAUACUGGUGAUUCAUUCCACAAUGUGUUUCAAUUGAUAUCCCUUUCCGUGACUAGUGUUUAGAUCUUUGUUUUAUACUGAUCCAAAUUGUUCUCUUAAUUAUUGCUCAUCUUUUUCCGUUUAUUUUUGUAUAUUUUAAAUUUUUUCUUAAACGCAUGAUUCAUACUACCCUGUUUCUUAAAAUUUUGAUAAAGUUGACUGGCAUGAAGAAUAAUAAAGUAAUAACUGUGUGGUUGAGAUUUGUGCAGAGAAGAGAGAAAUAACAGAAAUCACAAAAUAAUUGAUUAAAAGGGAAAGUGGUAAAGUUAGAAAAUUAAUACUAUCUUCGUCCCAAAUUGAUUUGCAAAUUUGAUUUUUCUUGGUCAAACAGUUUCGUUUUAUUUACUUAAUUAGGAUGCCAAUUUUUAAUAAUGUUCUAAUUUAGAGUUUACAAUUUUGAAGAAAUUUUAAUAUAGUUUCUGAAUAUAUAAAUUUUAAUAAUUAAAAAUGAAAUUAAUUAUCGAUAGGGAACAUUGAUUUUUUAUAUCGAUUGACCAAAAAAUAAACAAUUUGGGACAGAGGGAGCAUGAAAAAUUAAACGGUGCCUUUGUUAAUUUAGAAUGCACCUGUACCCAAGUUUUGUAAGCGAAUCAAAUUAUGACACAUCAUCAUCUGGAAAAUUAAUUACUCCGUAGUAAUCUACGAUUAUGCGUAUGUCAUGCCCGCAGACCCAUCAAGGUUGCAUAGGAUGUAGAAAUACUGAAGCGGUGAGAAAGAAGAGUCGCCGAGUAAGUUAGGGAAGGAGAGAGAGGUGGUUAUCAAACUAAAUUUCGCCGUUGAGGAGCUGCCUGUGUUUGCCGAGAAUUGUUAUGCCGCUGAGCGCCGCCUGUGCGCUUUAAGCGGAGGGGUUUACAUGAGGAAUUUCAGUUGGAAGAACUUUGGCCUUUGCACAAAUCUACUUCGAUUUGUAGAAAGGACUCAAUUGCAAGAAAUGUACACGUCUAUUUUUUUUAGUGGGCUAUUUAAGAAAAUGUACCGGUAUCAUAGAAAGAUCCAAAUAAUAUUGAAAAUUGUGCAUUUUAUAUAGGUAUACAAUAUAUAAGUAUACAAUGCAGUGUUUUUUAAUACUAUUCUCGUUUGUUUAUUAAGUAAAUAUGAGUAAUUUA